AUGAGAGGUACUCACCAAUUAAUAACACAAUUUGAACUCAAUAGAUAUACUCUACCUUUGAUGGAAAAGAAUAUGUGCAUUACUUUUUUAAAAGAUCUACUCUAACAAAAUCCAAUUGAUAUGGACUUUAUUCUUGCUAAUACUUAGCCAUCUCCCCAAGAACUAAAAUAGUUAACUAUAAAAUCAAAUAUUCUGUAAUUAAUAAAGGAGGAUAAAGAUCCAUUGAUUUAAUACCAUAAAUUUGACUAUGCUUAAUUAGAUAACAUAAUCCCAAAGAAGAAUAGAAAUAAAAUAAAUGAAAUUAAAACAAAAGUUGAAACUCUACUAAAUAGUAAUAAUAUCGAACCUCCUUUGACUAUAAAGAAGAGGUAUAAAUGAUAUUAAUUAGAUAGAUGGUGGACAGAAGAAGAAGACUAAUAACUUAAAGAAUUAGUCACAUAACAUGGUGCCAAAAAUUGGAAAAAAAUAGCAUCUUAUUUUGAAGAUAGAACUGAUGUCUAAUGUUUACAUAGAUGGUAGAAAGUACUAAAUCCAGAUCUUGUGAAGGGUCCUUGGACUUAAGAAGAAGAUGAAUUAUUAGUUAAAUUAGUAACAAAUUGUGGACCAAAGAAUUGGAGUUAAAUUGCUAAACAUUUACCUGGGAGAAUUGGUAAAUAAUGUAGAGAAAGGUAUUUAAUUAUAAUAUUCAUAUAGAUUUCAUAAUCAUUUGGAUCCAAAAAUAAAUAAGGAAAGAUGGACUGAUGAAGAAGAUUAAACUAUAAUUGAAGCUCAUAAAAAAUUAGGAAAUAGGUGGUCUUUAAUAGCAGGGUUAUUAAAAGGAAGAACUGAUAAUUCAAUUAAAAAUCAUUGGAAUAGCACAUUAAAAAGNUUAAAUUACAAUGACUUAAUGACAGCAGGAUUGUUUUUAGUUUUAGAAUACUUUAUAUAAAAUUUUGAGCUAAAAAUAAAUUAUAAGAGAGAGAAAUGGUUGAUAUUAAAAAUAUAUUUAUGA